AUGUGCCACAACUCCUGUGUCGCGUAUACCGGUCCCUACGCCAUCCUCGAGACGUGCCCCGAGUGUGGCGCUUCGCGAUACGACCCUAUCCGUCUUGCGGCAUCUCACGGUCGUGUCAAAGUCCCUCAGCAGACCUUCAGCACGAUGCCAGUGGGCCCGCAGCUGCAAGCGCUAUACCGACAUCCCGAUGCAGCUCGCGCAAUGGCGUAUCGCUCGGAGAAGACGAAGGAGCUGCUGAAGAAGGCCGACGCGAAUGGUGUCAUUAACGUCGACAACUACGAUGACAUCUUCUGUGGCCAGGCAUAUUUCGAGGCGCACGAGAUCGACGAGGACGACACGGUGAUCAUGGUCUCCAUCGACGGCGCCCAAUUAUAUCGGAGCAAACAGAGCGACGCCUGGAUCGCGAUACUCGUGAUUUUGGACCUCUCCCCUGAGGUGCGAUACAAGAUGAGCUCUGUCAUGCCGUCCUUUGUCAUUCCAGGUCCUCGCAAGCCAAAGAACAUUGAGUCAUUCUUCUUCCCUUCGCUCCAUCAUCUCGCCGCCAUACAGAAGCACGGUCUU